GCCUGUGAGAUAAACAGCUAGCUUGAUGUUUUGUAGCCUCCUCGUUAGCCGGAAACUCGAAUGCUUUCUCUUUCGUUAGAUUCCUGUUGAAAAACCACACGAAUUACAGUCAGUUAGAUAUUUAAAAAGCCAAUUUUUCACUCCAGCUGAUCCAGGACUUUCAUCCGGUUGUUUUCCUGCCAGGAAAUUACAUAACAAUGUGGAGCUAAACCGAAGAAUUAGCUUAAAACCUCGUCUUGUUUUUAAAUAACACGUCUUUCUGGAACCAGGAGCUGAGUUAUAUGAGACGAUGGGAAUCAACAGGAUCUACAUCAGCAUCGGGUACGCCACCUUCGGGGCCCUGAUGGGUCUGUCGGCUUUCCUGGUGUGGAACAUCGCCUACAAGCAGCCGUGGACGGCAGCCAUGGGAGGCCUGUCAGGAGUUCUGGCCGUCUGGGCGCUGGUCACACACAUCAUGUACCUGCAGGACUACUGGCGCACCUGGCUCAAGGGGCUCAAGUUCUUCAUAGCGGUCGGCGUGCUCUUCUCCAUCCUGUCGCUGACCACCCUCAUCACCUUCCUCACCCUCGCCAUCACAGAGAAGCAAUCUCCCACUGACCCGAGGAGCCUCUACCUCUCCUCCGUCUGGAGCUUCCUGACUCUCAAGUGGGCCUUCCUCUUGGCCUUGUACUCGCACCGGUACCGCCAGGAGUUCGCGGACAUCAGCAUCCUCAGCGACUUCUAGUCCGGAUGGAUUUUAUACACUCCGAUGGACUUCCAGGGGUUUUAGAAUUUCCGGCAGGAGCUGGUCAAAGAGCUUUUUGUAACAAAGAGGAGGAAAAAAACCCCAGACGUGGCUAGAUUAAAAAAAGUCCUCUGACCUUUUUUCCCCACAUGGAGAUUCACCUGUUACUCUCGCUUAACAAGUUCUGUAUUUGCAUUGUAACCCGUUCUCCUACUUUUAAUGACCCACAUAUUAUAUCCCUGUCGUCGUCAUAAGUCGGAACCUCCGAAGAACGGAACUUAUUUUUGCGUAACUUGCUGAAGGCUAUUUAUGAAGAGAUUUUCAGAGAGAUUUUAUCUUUGGAUGUGUCAAUCUUAGAACAAAAUAUUAUGUAAAAGGAAACCCCCUUCUAUAACAGGUUUUUAUUUCAAUGAGCAGUUGUUAAAAUGAAAGUUCUCUCAGAACCAAAACUAAAACCACUUACCUGAAGCCACGCGGAUGAAGCUAAGUUGACAGUGUGUGUUUGGAGCGCUUGAUUAUUUUAACCCGUACAGGCGUUUUCAUAACUCCGGCCCUGAACCACAGAAUACUCACGUCUCCAGACUGUCUCUGUCUUUCAGUGUCUGUCUGAUAGUCAUCAUCAAUGAAGCAGUUUGAAGAAUUUAUAUAUUUUUUUAAUUCAACCACUGAUUGAAAAGGUUUCUCUCUCAUUUGUAGCCUUUUAAAGAUACUAACCCUGUUACAACCCUUUUUUCUUUCAUUCGAUUUGAAACGGUGGAGAAAAGGCAUUCCUGUGGAAUAUUCUGCUUGUUCACCUUUUGUUCCACCAGGGGGAGCCCUGCUUUUUCCCUGUCUGCACUCCUGAGACAUUCCUCCAGUCUAGAGAGAUAAAAUUGAUUUAAUAAAUAAAUGCACUUUCGUCUUUGGCCCCAUUGUUUUGCACACAAAUCCUGAUACAAUGGGCAAAAUAAAUAAAAUGUUUUAAAUGCUCUCAUUUAUGUCUCACCCUUUUUAAUGAUGAAAUACACUAUUUAUACACUAUGUAUCAUUAAUGUUCCACCUGCUAUGAUUUGUGUAAGUUAUACUAGGCUUUGUGAGUAGUUUGCUUCCGGGUGUAACGUUCGUUUGCCCUCUACCACAAAACAUGUACAUUUGUAUUUUGUCGAUGGGAGAUUGAAUGUGAGAAAUCCACGUGUAUAGAAACCAAACCCAUUAAAGAUGCAUUUAUUGUUAAUUAAA